AUGACUGAAAGUAAAAGUGCUGGUGUCACAGAAGAUGCUUCAUACCACACAGGCUAUGAACCUGGUAAUAUGGGUAUGGCAUGGUACAAGAAGAACUUUUCUGAAGAAUUAAGACAAUUGGGUUCUAAGAUUAAAAAGAGUGUAGAGGCAGGGUACCGUCUACCUAUUAAUAACAAAGAGACGAAAAUGCAGACUGAAGAACAAAAACAACAAUACUUGAAAGAGGUCAGUGAAGCUGCCGAAAGAGUUAAACAACAUAUCAAAAUACAACACUCUCCACAAUUGCAAAGACAACAACAAGAAACAUUUGAAAGAGUGCCUUUACCAGGUAACGGUGCUCCAAUGUUGGGGUUGAACGCUACAUCAGGUAGUGGGUCUACUUUGGAGAUGUGGGAAGAAUCUGUUGAUCAAAGAUUAAGCGAGAUCGAUUCGAAAUUGAACGGUUCCGAUUUGUCUGCCAUUUUAACUAAAGAUGAUAUGGACUUCUAA